CUUGUCGCGCCUGACGAAACGGCUUGUCUUGUUGGCUGUGGCCAGGCCGAUCUAGUACCUCUACGGCUGAUGCCUAGAAGCUAGCAUGGCUAAUCAACCUGGAAGAACAGGCACACAACGGGCUGAGGCUGGGGCUGGACGUCACACUGUGACCGCACCUUUACAAAGGAGUGAGGCGCGCCUCCAGUACAAGCACGCUAUGAUGAUGGCACUCCGAGUCUCUGUUCUCAUCAUGCAUCAUUCGCAUCAUCCGCAUCAUUCGGCAGCCAGCCACGGCUCGCGGCCUCCUUCUUCCCCUCGCGGGCACUGGCAUGAAAAGGCUCCCGAUUCCGCAAGUGAGCCGGCAUGGCUGUUGUUGAGCCUCUGCCUCGCUUUGAUCCUUAAUCUGUCUCAUACACCCACAUUGAAGUCGCCGUCUUUUGAGCUUGCCGUCCCGCACAAGCACGCCCCCUUCGAUGGUUUGUGGGCCUGUGAUUGGCCCUUGGCCCCCCUCGAGGCGUGGCUCAUCGAGGAAUACACUACUACUAGUAGUUUGAUGACUGGAACAAGGCAUUCAGUGAAAGGCUCCUAUACCGACUUGACAACUUGUUGA